AUGGAUAUCAUCAACGACAACUGGGAUGACACGGAAGGCUACGAGUCUCCUACGAUCGAUAACAUCCCUAGAGGAGAUGAUACUGGAUUCUCAGAUGCUGAGCCAUCCACCGUUGAUUCUCCUCAAUCACAUGGACCAGCACUAGCCUCGAGCAAGUUUUACGAACGAAAGUGGAGCCGUCUUUGCCAGCACUAUAGCGACCACUACCUCGAAUUAUUUAAAGCUACCUUCGAUCCCAGUGGUGAUGACUUCACCAGUGGGAAUCUGUCUAGUACUCAGCUAGGAGCAGUUCGGUGGAAGCCUUCGGAAAAAGAAAAAUUUUAUGACGCACUCUCUCGAAACGGUCGACAUGAUUUGCAUGCCAUCUCGAAUUUAGUAGCGUCAAAAUCAGAAGUCGAAAUCAAAGCGUAUCUGGACGCCCUACGGGAACAAGAGACCGAUCGACAACUCUUUGCACGGCAGGCAAAGAAUAUCUCGCAUGCUGAGAUCCCGGCAGCUGUUGAAAUUGGCUCGGAAUGUGAAGCAGUCCUCGAUCAGGCCGCCGAGGCUUUGGCAGCGUUUCAAGAACAAUAUGACCAUGCCGCUGGUCAACGCAGCAAUAAGCUUUGGUUGAUCGACCAUCAGAUAGCGGCUGAGCUAGAUCAAAAAGCAGAUGACGAAGAGGGCGUCAGCGAAACCUCCGACGUGAACAGCGAUGAGAUCGAGUUGUCGGAGCCUGAAGAUACUUGGAGGUUGUUCCAUCUCUCGACCUUUCUGGUGCUCAGCGAGCAGUUCUUCAUGAACCGAGGCACCGACGGGGCUGACACGUGGAGAAACCUUGCCGAAGACGGUCAACGUCCAGCGCUGACGAUGGACGCCGUGAGAGAUCUGUAUGAUACCGUUGUGAAUUUCACUCGAAUAUUGGUCCAAUCCUGUCUUUUCAUAACGACAUCUCGAAUCAGAUCCUCCACAAGUCUUGUUUAUAAGCCCGAAGGAAUUGUCAGAUCAGAAGAUGUCUUGGCCACAUUGGAUGUGUUGAAUGUCAAUGCCAGUUCGGACAAAUUUUGGAGGGGGAUAGCAAGGAGGAAUGGGUUGUCAGUAGUGGGGGGUGCUCACGACAAGGGAACUAGCAAUAAAGCGGUCAUUCCGUACAACGAAGUUGAGGCAAUAUUAGCCACAUCCCAACGGAGGAGGUCGAUUUCAGCUAUGUCAGAAGAUUCAACACGAUGUCAAACUGCGUCCGGCGAGUCACUACCUGACCACAAGGCCUUUCUCGAUGCUGAGGAUAUGUCGGCAAGACACGAUGUUCGCCGCUCGCCUGAGUCCGUAUUCCCCAGUCUCGAUAGAGAAGAGGCACUUUCAGCUAGUCUCGACAGCGAGAGCGACACAUCCAGCGCCGAAUGUGGACCAAGGGCACCAAUCUCGAGGCAACAGAGAAUCCAAAUCCUUGAGGAAGAACAGGACGACUAUAUGGAGCGCCUGGACCAAGUAGCCCGCAAACAGGAAGAAUCACGGCUCCUGCAGUUGCUUGGCAUUGAAGGCAUCAAAGAGAUCAAAAAUGAAGAAAUGACGAGGCCGGGGAUGCGGCCAAAGGAGUUGAGAAAGACUAUUCAAGAUACUAUGGGUUGGCGUGGCGUCUUCCAGGCAGAAUGGGAGCGAUAUGGAGAAGCUUUGCCCACCGAAAGUUUUUCAGAAGUUGAGUCUCGGGCCAAAAGGAGGAAGUUGGAUCCAGGCACCGGCUUCAUUGAAUAA